AGGUAUGACCCCUCCUGCCCCGUACUACCAGCCAGAGGAGGACGAUGAACGCCCCUUCAUCUGCUCCCUGCCAUCUGAUAAUGGCAUCAUGUCAUGUUCUGAUGUGCCGGCGAGGCGCGAAGGAGGACGCACAUGCUGUCUAGACAGGGAGGACGCGCUCCACAGACAGUCUCUGGGCCUGAGUCCUGAGCCACUGGCCAACAGUAGUGGUGCAGGAGAAGCAAUUGGUUUGUGCAUCAACUGGAACCAGUAUUACACUCGAUGCCACACAGGAAACAGUAACCCCCACAAAGGUGCCAUCAACUUUGACAACAUUGUCUACGCCUGGAUUGUAAUUUUUCAGGUCAUCACUCUGGAAGGCUGGGUGGAGAUCAUGUAUUAUGUAAUGGAUGCCCAUUCCUUCUACAACUUCAUCUACUUCAUUUUACUCAUCAUU